UGCUAUCAUGUUUUGCAAAAAUAUGCCGCAAUGCAUUGUGGAUUUCAACAUAAAUGAUGACGUAGUACACACACCGGUUCUGCAGAAAGAUGAAAGUAGGCAUAGCUAAUUUGUUGAAGCUACUGGUCAACACGGCAGAAAAAGGGGCCAAUGUUGCUAGGAUAAUCAGAUCUGAUGCAGAUUUAUUAAAUCUUCUGGUGGAGGAAAAAAAAGGAGAUUCCAAAAACCAGCGAUUUGUCCAAGAUUUUAAAACUCUUGCUGAUGUUCUUGUUCAAGAGAUUGUAAGGCAUGACCUUUCAGAAGAAAUUCCAGACAUUAAAGGAAGUAUCUACGGAGAGGAAAGUAAUACAUUUACAAAUGCUUUGGGCGAAUCUAUCACUGUGGAAAUCCAGUCCACAAAACAACAAACAACAGAUCUCCUCAGUCAGGUGUUGGAUGGAAAUGUGCGAGCGGCAGAGUUACUGGCGAGAGAGGCACAUGAGUCAGUUGUGGUGGACACUGGCAAUGGACUGGAAAAGUUGGUAGGACUUGAAGAGGAUGUAGAGGAUUUAGGAGUCUGGAUUGAUCCAAUAGAUUCAACAGCUCAGUACAUAGGAGGACUACAAGGAACUAUAGAGGACUGUGGUAUAGCUUCGGAGGGUCUGCAAUGUGUGGUUGUUAUCAUAGGGGUUUACAAUAAACACACAGGGUUACCCCUGGUAGGGGUCACAAACCAACCCUUCGCUACAUAUGAUGCUCUGUCUGAAAGAUGGAUUGGUGAAAGUAUGUGGGGUGUUUGUGUUGGUGACACAAGAGUUAACUCUCUUUCUAAAGAGUCCAUCAAUAAUCCUAGAGAUAAACCAAUCAUUCUGAUGAGUACAAGUGAAAGUGAAGAUGUCCAAAACACCUUCAGGAAAAAGAGUUCCAUCCAUUACGCUGCAGGUGCUGGAUACAAGCUUCUCUGUGCAAUUCAGGGUCUUGCAGACUCUUACAUCCUUUCUAAGAGUAGUACAUACAAGUGGGAUGCAUGUGGACCCCAUGCAAUACUUUUGUCAAUUGGUGGUGGCUUGAUCAGUUUCAAGAACUUAAAGGAUGCAGAUUUACAGGGUUCAGAGACUCUUGUCAGAGACUUGCAAAUACGUUACCAUAAGGCUGACCGCCCUGGGGCCAGUGGAGCAGACAAAUGGUGUAAUGAUGGAGGAGUUGUAGCUUAUACAUCUUCAGCCAUGUUAAAAACCAUCAAGGAAAUUAUUGUUUAAAUUAUCACUAAUUACAUUAAUUCGUGCAUAGGAAAUAGUUUGUAUAUACAUUUGUUUGUGUGUAUGAUCGCACAUUUUAUAGAACUUUCAUUUCUGAGAGGAUUUUAAUCUAAUGUUGAAUUUGAUCAUGUAUAAGAAUACCUCAUGAUGUCACAUUGAAUGCCUCUAUUGCUAUUCCAAGAAUAGGACUUACCAUGAUGCAGGGGGGUUAUUUCUGAUAUGUGGUGAAUCUCUGUCCUGAUCAGCUGGGAUUGUAUCUCAUUGUGUUGUAAUUCUUAUGUUUUUAGUAAAUGUAAAUUUUAAUAGUCAGUGAUUUACACUGAAACUAUGAUUUGAUUAAACAAUCAGCAAAGUUUUUUGGGAAAAUUAAAAAAAAAUAUGAUGCUUCUCUGAUUAAAGAAACAUUUAUUUUUAACAGGAUUGAAUGGUAUGGAGUGAAGCUUGCAUGAACAAAUAAUUUUAUAUAUAACCUUUCAUCAUCUCCUCUUCAAUCGGAUAUAUGUAUGAUUUUUGUAUGAACAACAUACCUAUAUAAAGUAUGGUAGUAACUUCUCUUAACAUGUUGUACUUCCUGUAUUUGUGUGUGUAUUUUCUACCUUUAAUUUUGAACUUUUUGUUACUGAAGACACCUAAGACAAAGUCUCAAGAUGACCUAUCACAAUCGUCUUUUGUCCUCCCAUUAUCUGUCAUGCGUUGUUCAUCCUAAACAAUAAUAAACAUUUUCAACUUCUUAUGGAAAGUGCCUGAAUAAUUUUUAAUGAAUUUUUUACAUAAUCUUUCCAUAGCAAAAGGUUUAUUCAAAUUUCAGAAAUUUUCUUCUCAACACCUAGUUAUUAUAGAAUCAUAUCUCUUUCUGGAUGGAAAGGCCUUGGGUGCUACACCAAAAUAGUGAAUUUCAUGACUGCAGGAUCUCACACUCUACCUGGAAGAUGGGGUAGAGAUUAUGUUGAUAGUUUAUACUGAAUAUAUGAGCAUAUAGGCGAACCUGGUAAUCUCAAAUUCUUCGGGGCCACAGGAAAACUUCAAGAUAAUUAAGUUGAAAUGUUUUGUGUAAAGUGAGGCAGGGAUCGAUGCAAUGAUUCAAAUUUAAUGGUGUCUUUGAGUUAUGCGAGUUCAAGAAAGGAGGUUUGUCUGUACUUUCUUGUGAUUCAAACUUGGUUAGAAACCUAACAUGGGAUGGCAUUUAAUGUAAUGCACAGUUAACAUUAACAGUAUAUGUUAACAUUAACAGUAUAUGUUAACAUUAACAGUAUAUGUUA